CACACUCGCAGUUAUACACUGCGAAUAUUCUAGAUUAGAGCGAAUUUCUAUGAAUCGAAGUAAACUAAACAAAACAUAGUCAAAAUGCAACAAUGCUACAAUAGAGGCUGCGGCCAGCUUUUCGACCCGGCGACCAACACCGAUGAAUCAUGCCGGCACCAUCCUGGCGAGCCGUUCUUCCACGACGCCUACAAGGGUUGGGGCUGCUGCAACAAGAAGUCCGUGGACUUCACUGAGUUCCUGAACAUCAAAGGCUGUACACUGUCCCUGCACUCGAACGUUAAGCCGCCAGAGCCCGAGAAACCCGUGAGAGAGGAGUGCGACAAAGACGAGGUCAUCGAGGUGCGCGCUCCCAUCAAAGAGGCUCUACCGCGGCCGCCCAUCGAAACCCCGCUGACCCUCCUUCAGGCAACGGUAGUGCCUGCCCUAAAAACUGCCGUUUUUGCAACGAAACCGGCCGCGGACGCGACACCGGCCGCAAAAUCCAGCGACUCCACAGAGGUGGGCACCAGCUGCAAGAACAACGGCUGCACCUACUCCCGCACGGGCACCAGCAGCGACUACGGCGAGUGCACCUACCACCCGGGCGUACCAAUUUUCCAUGAAGGCAUGAAGUUCUGGUCGUGCUGCCAAAAGCGAACCUCGGACUUCGCACAGUUUAUGGCUCAAAAGGGCUGUGUAUACGGCCAGCAUAUUUGGGUUAAAGAGAACGAAGACAAAAAGGUUGUGCAGUGCCGCUACGAUUGGCAUCAAACUGCCACGAAUGUGGUUGUGGCCAUUUAUGCGAAGAAGUAUCACCCCGUCCAGAGUGUGGUGGAGGUGAACCCAAUUAGACUACAUGUCAAUCUCGUUUUCCCCGAGCAGGAGAACGCCAGGUUUGACUUGGACCUGGAACUGCGUGGCAUUGUUGAUGUGAGCAAAGCCACUGCUCAGAUGCUCGGCACAAAAGUGGAGAUAACGUUGCCCAAGCUGGAGCCCGGUUCUUGGUCAAAACUGAAUUUCCCUCGUGAUAGUCUGCCGGCUGCUCGUAAGAGCCUGACCGCAGAAAAGCCAAAGCAGGAAGAUGAAAGCGAUGAAGACUUCGACCUCGAUGACAUUCAGUCUGUGGCCAGUCACGGCCUUAAGCUUUCGGAUUUGAGUUUGCAGAAUCCGAACAAUCUGGACUAAUAAAUAAAACAGUUGGCAUUUAAAUGUUAUAAACAAUAUACGAAAUGUUUUUGGAGAAAUGAUUAUUUUACAAUAAAGGCACCGGCAACAGAUCAAAUUUAA